AUGACAAUGCAACUGCCUCUCACACGCUCACUUCCAACAACUUCAAGUUAUUCUGCCCCCAUUUCAAUUGAUAAAUACCUUACGCGGGAAGGACACCAUCUAGUCGUCAACUACCUCAAAUUCAAUCAAGUUCAAAAGGACAUCCAACAAGGAAAACUAAAUAACUUGGAGGAGAGGGAUAUAGAUGAUUUGCUGGGAAGUUACAAGGGAGUGCCGACACGCUGCUUCAACAGUCUCAACUACGAUAAUCUUAGUCUGACACGAACCGAGCUAAAGUUACUUGCAAAAUUAUUAAAGGCGGAUAAAAUAUCAAAUGUACGCAUCCUGCGUAUAUGCAGAAACAAUCUUCAUGGCGGUGUUCUUAAGACAGUUAUCAAUGCCUUGAGCAACAAUAAAACCGUAGAGGUGCUGGAUUUAUCCUUCAAUGCAAUAGGCGAUGCCGACGCCAAGGAUUUUUCUCGUUUACUAAAGAAGAAUAAGGUCAUCCGCGAAGUAGCAAUCGGUCAUAAUAGGAUAACAGCCAAAGGAGCUCAAUCGAUAGCAAAAGCUUUGAAAGCAAACAACUCACUUGUUCGACUGAAUAUUGAAGCCAACAGCCUCGGCACUGCUGGUGCCACCGCGAUUGCCGAUAUUAUUGCUUAUAACAAGAGUCUGAAAUUUCUCCAUAUUGGCGGUAAUAACAUUCAAGCCGGAGGAAUGGCCGUCAUAAGUGAAGCAUUGAAAGACAACAAGAGACUAUGUAGUCUCAGUCUUGAUUGUAAUAAUCUCCUAUCGGAGGGUGCAUUCCAUUUGGGAGAAGCAUUGAAAGUAAAUAAUACUCUAACGCAUCUUUAUAUUCCUCGUAAUGAUAUUGGUGAUGACGGACUACGACACUUGAGUGUAGCUAUGCUUUCUAACAAAUCACUCAUAUAUAUUGAUUUGGAGUUGAAUAGUAUCGGGAAAAAUGGCAAUGUGCUUGGAGUGAAAGCGCUGGCCGACUUGCUCGAUCGACACACUGUUCCCCGUGCUAUAAACCUCAAGCUCAAUUCAAUUGGAGACAGGGCAUGUCAGUCUCUUGCCAGUGGGCUAUAUCGAAACAUGACUCUGGAAUCGAUUAUUCUAUCUAGCUGUGACAUCGGACUCGAAGGAAUACGUGCCCUAUGUGAUUCAUUAAAGGAGAAUAGAGGGUUGCAGAAUAUCAACUUGAAUAGAAACUCGGUCAUAGGUGUCGAUGGUCAUCAGGCUGUGGCAGACGCACUUGAGAAAAAUACAAUGUUAAAGGGAGUCCAGUUAGAUUACGAUUUUGAAGAGUGGGAGCGCAUCAGCGAAUCCAUUGACAAGUCACUUUUGAGGAAUCACCUCCUUCAGGCAGAGAAGUAUUCUACGGCUUGUAGGCUAUUAGUUGUAUCGAGGCUUGUCAUACACGCGACAGGAAAAUUGAGAUCGAAUAGAGUAACUGAAUUUUUAGAUUUACCAUUUGAACUGAAGAGGAAAAUAAUUUAUGCGUUAGACACGACGAAGGUACUGACGAAUGAUCAUUGUAAAACGAUUCUCAGAUUAGGCGGUCGUAGAGACAAUUUCAAUAUCAGCAAGGAGAGCUUCUUAACAACGGUAUUCAAUGUCUAUUAUCCUAAUAAUCUGGAUAUUGCGUUAUGGCCUACCAAGGCGUCUGACACGUUUGUGAGAGUUUAA